AUGGGUCAGCAGUUCACUUCCAAUGACUUUUUACAGUUUUAUCAUUCCAACAAUAUUAAUUUAUACCAUUCCCAUCCUUAUUGGCCACAAGCCAAUGGGGCUGUUGAAAGACAAAAUAAAACUAUUCAAAUUGGCAAGGUUGACCAAGGAGGACCAAGGAGUACCGUCAGGAGAACUGUUCUUUGGAGCAGCGUAAAAAAAGAGUUUUCGAAAAGCGAUUUAGUUCUUAGGAAACAUGACAUUAAGACAAACAAGUUGUCACCUACACAUUACCACAUUCCAUACAAAGUAGUUGAAAAAUCCGGAAACGUGAUGACUGUUGAGUCUCAAGACUCAAGUUGUUUCAAAUAUUUUAUUCCAGCUAAGAAGAUGGCUGUAUCUGAAACCGAGCUUCCAACUGGUCAUGAGAUGGAUUCAGUUUUACCUGAACAAACAACUCCCAAGCAUCAGAUAGAAGAUUUUUCUACUCCCAGGAAGAUUUCAGAAAAAAGGAUCGUCAACGGAAAGCCGACUGGUAAGAACGAGUAUCCUUGGAUGGUGCACCUGAGCAACGGAUGCGGUGGAUCCAUCAUCACCGAAUAUCAUGUCCUCACUGCCGCACAUUGCACUGACGGCACCUUACCCGAAUUCAUCUUAGUUUUUCUUGGAAAAUAUUACAAAAAAGUUUGGAGAGGCAAGAGAAUUCAAAGUCGUAAAGUGGUUGAGAUAGCUCAGCAUGAAGGAUAUAGCAGCAGGGGAUACGACUUUGAUCUUUCAAUCCUACUCCUUGAAUAUAAAAUAAACUUCAACCAUUACGUCGGUCCAGUCUGUAUGCCACAUGCUCGAUUUGAUCUUCAAGGAAAGUUCAUCAAAAUCACAGGCGAUAACCAAGCUGAAUUCAGAAGAGGAGAAAGCACGCUUAAUCAGAUUCCAAAACAGAUGCUCGAAAAAUUGUGGAAAGUAGCUGAGGAUGAGCCAGCCUUAAUUGUUGAUUUCAAAGCAGCCUAUGAUUCCGAGUGCAGAAACUGUCUCUGGAAGAUCAAGAUUGAACUAGCUGUUAUCCGUUGGUGA